AUGGCGGAAAGACUACGCCCCAAAGACCUCAACGGUCGACUUUACCUCGACUUAACAGGUAAAAACCUGGCGGUCAUACCAGAAGAAGUUUUUGGUAUCACUGACUUAGAAUAUCUCGACUUGUCCAAAAACCAACUGACUACCAUCCCAGAAGCGAUCGAACAGCUACAAAAACUGUAUCGUUUGGAUGCAGACGACAACAAGUUGACAAGUUUGCCUCAGACGAUAGCUUGUCUGAAAGACUUGGAAGAACUGUACGUUCAGAAUAACAGCCUAACCGAACUACCUGUUAACAUAGGCGACUUGGGGAAGCUUGCAUGGUUAUACACCAACGAUAACCAACUCGUAACGCUACCACCGAGUCUUUGCUCUCUUUUGAAUCUCAAGAUGUUGGUAGCAAGCAACAAUAAGCUUCCGGAGCUGCCAGCUGGUUUUGAGCAACUCCAAAACCUGACCAAACUGUACAUUGGUGGUAACAAGUUAAAGGAGCUUCCGUCGGGGGUCUGUUCUCUCCAAAAUCUCGAGACCAUCGUUGCCAGUAACAACGAACUGUCAACCUUGCCAGAUGGAGUCGAAAAGCUGAAGAAUUUGACAGAACUGUACAUUGAUGGUAACCAGUUCCAAGAGUUUCCGCUAGGUGUCGCCUCCUUGGCAAACCUCGAGGUGUUGGUGGUGGGCCCAAACCCGAUCAAGCGGUUGCCUGAUGAGAUCGAAAACCUCAUCAGGCUGAAAUCUCUCACCAUCAUCUCUUGCAAGUUUGACGAGUUUCCCAGACAGAUCAUGAAGUUGAAGUCGCUUGAGCAACUAUUUGCGGGACAAGAGGGCGAGUACUGUUUCCGGACGGUUCCAGACGACAUUGGAGACCUCAAUCAGCUUCGAUACUUGGCCUUGUCUAACAACAAGCUCAGCGACCUUCCUCCAACGAUGGAAAAGUUGAAGCGGCUUCGAGAGGUCUACCUCUACGAAAACAAGUUCGAAACCUUCCCUGAGGUCCUCUGCAGCCUACCGAAGCUAUUAGUCGUGGACAUAAGGAACAAUCGCGUCAGUAAGAUUCCCAGUUCACUCUGCCGCGUGAGUCGUCUGAAACGGCUCGUGGUUGCUGGAAACCCCCUGAAAUACCCUCCGCCUGACGUCUGUGAGAAAGGCAGUGAUGACAUCAUGGCAUUUCUCAGGGAUGAGACUGAGAAAGAAGACGACCUGAAGAGAGCUUUCUGCCGCCUGGCUUUGACUGUGGACCGCCUACAGAUCAAACCAACGGCCCGUCUUUUGGGACUGUCUGACGAAGUCAUCCAGAAAAUUCAGGAGGAGCAUCCAGACGACCAGAUGUACCAGAUACUGAUGACGUGGAAGGAGAAGGAGGGGCCAAGUGUUACGAUGGACAGUCUUGGAGGAACCUUGCAGGAGCUGGGUCUGUACGAACUGGCCUCUGCCUUAAAUCCAGAAAAGGCUGAAGCGGAUGAAAAGGACGGUUCGUCCGGCUCCAAACCACCCACACCGACUGCGCGGGUUCAGCCCAUUGUCAGAUCGGUAGAAACACCAGCCAAGCAGGAGAAUACUGUUUUCCUGUCGUACCAGUGGGACCACCAGGACAGAGUCCUGCUGCUGCACGAUCGCCUGCAGGAGCGAGGCUACGGCUGCUGGAUGGACAUCAAGCAGAUGGGGGGAGGGGACAGUCUGUACCAGAUGAUGGACAAGGGGAUCAGGGAAGCCAAGGUCGUGGUCAGCUGUGUGACGCCCCCUUACGUCGAAUCCCCAAACUGCCAGGACGAAGUUGCGCUUGCGCGGACCCUGAAGAUGCCGAUCAUUCCCGUCAUGCUCGAGAAGACAACAUGGCCGCCACCCGGACCCAUGUCCAUCCCCUUUGCACAGCUUCUCUACAUAAACAUGGCCAACAGUCAGGAUGACGACCCGUGGAAGGGACCUCUGUUUGAGGAACUGAUCAGAAUGAUCGAGUACUUCGUAUCCAACAUGGCGGCCACUCUAAACCUCCGACCCAAGAAGGUAAAAGGUGGACUACAGCUUGACCUGAGUAACAAGGGACUGGCAUCCGUCCCAGAAGAGGUGUUUCACGUCACAGACAUCCAGUAUCUACACCUCAACAACAAUCGACUGACCAGGAUCCCCGAGGCUAUCGGUCGUCUGCAAAAACUCCGUCGUUUGGAUGCCUUCGACAACCUGUUGACAAGUUUACCUCAAUCGACCAUAUCCCUGAUGGACUUACAGGAACUGUAUAUUUAUAACAACAAACUGACCGAACUACCCGAUGGCAUGGACGCUUUGCAGAAACUAGAACGGUUACUUGUAAGAGAUAACAAGUUAGAAGUACUUCCACAAGAAGUCUGUCUUCUGGCCAAUCUUAAGAUGUUUGACGCAAGUAGAAACAAGCUUUCGUCUUUUCCUUCUGGUGUAGAAAAGAUGCAGGGUUUGACAAAGUUGUGUCUUAGUGGUAACCAACUGACAGAGGUUCCACAAGGGGUUUGUUUGUUGCCCAAUCUUGAGGAGUUAAGUGUAGGGUCGAAUCCAAUCAGACGCCUUCCUGAUGAUAUCAGCCACCUUGGUAGACUGAAGACACUAGACAUUGUGGACUGUAAGUUUGAUGAGUUCCCCAGACAGGUGCUGCAGUUGAAGGCACUCGAAGAACUCUACGCAGGGCAAGCAAAGGGCAAGAAGUUCUUCGUGUUACCAGACGAAGUUGGGAACUUAGAGCACCUGUCUUUGCUGUCGCUGUCCAAAAACCGCAUGCGGACCCUCCCAAGCACCAUGAGUCGCCUGAAAAACUUGCGUAAGAUCAGCCUCCGACACAACGAGUUUGAAACGUUCCCCAAAGUCUUGUGUAAACUACCGGAACUGGAGAUGGUGGACUUGAGGGAUAAUCUCAUCACCAAACUUCCGACUACGCUCGAAAAGGCAGCGAAGCUGAAGGAUCUAGAUGUGUCCGGAAACCCCCUGACAUACCCUCCUCAGAACGUCUGUCGACAAGGGACAGACGCUAUCAUGGCCUUUCUGAAAGAAGAAGCUGAGAAAGAAAACGCCCUGCUGCGGAAGGAGUUCAGUCGUCUGUCUCUCCUGAAAGUUGACCCCCCGCAGAUCAAGGCGAUUGGUCGCUCCCUGGGCCUCAGUGACUCAGCUAUCACAUACAUCCAGGUGAGAUUCCCUGAUGAUGUCCUGUACCAAGUCCUGAUGACAUGGAGAGACCAGGAGGGGACAGAAGCCACACUGGACAGGCUGGACUCCACCCUGAACAAACUGGGACUGCACGAGUUGGUCGACACCUCUAACCAGGUCUCCGGACGCCCAGGAGUUGAUUUUGAGUCAGACGAAUUGGCGGGAGUACCAAUGAGAACACCGUCGACUGGCAAGUCUGGAAGCAGUAAACACGCAGGGGUGUCGGUUGACAGCAGGUUCCCUAUCGUGGAGUUUGAGCGGCUCGAUGCUGUGUCCUGUCUCGGUGACGGCGGCUUCUCCUCCGCGCACAGAGCCUUACACAGGGACUGGGGAGAGAAUGUGGUGUUCAAGCGACUGUUAAACCGCAGGACCGAGACAAGUGAGCAACAGCUGCUAUAUUCCGAGGCAAGAAAACUGAAACUGGCCAGUACCUCUCCCUACGUCAUCAGUCUGCUGGGGGUCUGUCUGGACCCUCACUUUGCCAUCGUGAUGCCCUACAUGGAGAACGGCUCUCUGGCCAGGCUGCUGCGGGAUGUGGACGUGCCCUGGGCCCUGAGGUGGAGAAUGGCGCACGAGAUCUCCCUGGGGAUGACUUUCCUGCACUGCCAGAACCCACAGAUUCUCCACUGUGAUCUGAAGGCAGAGAACGUGCUACUGGAUGAAGACUUUCACGUGAAGAUAUCAGACUUUGGUCUGUGGAAAUGGACUGACGUACGAGUUGGCAGUGAAACAAGCCCAGCAGGAGCCACACGCACACACGCACCACCGGAGUACUUCACAGACGUCAACCGGCCCCCUACCGACAAGUUUGAUGUGUACAGCUUCGGCGUGCUGCUGUGGGAGAAUCGUCAAAAGAAACCACCAUUUCCAUGUAAAUGCUGCGCACGACUCGCCUGCCAUGCCGACCGACCAGCGGGCAGACCCGGGGUCGGUCCCGUCUGA